UUUCAGGCACUUCCUUCACAAAGAGAACUAUUUUAUCCUCGACUUUUCAGAUUUUCGAUCCGUUGGGUUUGCUGUCUCUUUGUACUAUUCGGCCGAAAAUUUUCAUUCAAGACUUGUGGGCUAACAAGCUGGGUUGGGACGACCCCAUUCCGGAAGUAAUUAGAAUGGAGUGGCUAAAAUUUGUGGAAGGUCUGGACAGCAUUGCAGCGUUGCGAUUAAAUAGGUGCGUUUUAGUAGAUGAUCCCACUUAUAUCGAAAUGCAUUGUUUUUGUGACUCUUCUGAAAGGGCGUUUGGAAGCUGUAUUUAUUUGAAAUCUUCUAAUGCUCUAGGACAGGUAAAGGUGAGUCUUCUUUGUGCCAAAUCCCGCGUAGCACCUGUUAAGGCUACUACCAUACCACGCUUAGAGUUGUGCGCUGCUCUGCUCGGCGCACAAUUAGCCUCAGAAGUCACCCAAGCUUUAAAAUUUGUAAUCAACCGUCAUAUAUUUUGGUCGGAUUCUAAAGUAGUGUUGUGUUGGCUUCGGAAUACCAAAAAAUUAAAGACAUUUGUUGCCAAUAGAGUGGCAGCCAUCACUGACCUUACUGAAAAGGCCCCCUGGCUCUAUGUUCCAACAUCGCAAAAUCCCGCUGACCUCGUAUCGCGAGGUGUUGAUCCACAGCUCGUACCUGAUCUAACUAUUUGGUGGGAGGGCGCUCCUUUCUUACAGUUAGAAGAAUCUUCUUGGCCAUCCUCGGUGGAGGAUUCGCAUGAUGUUGCAGACUUGCCGGAGGUCAAAGCUCAUUCCGCUUUGGUGGGGGAAGCUCCUCUCAAUCUUUCACGGAUCUCAAGGUUAAAAAUAGCACAGCGUGCAUACGCUCGUGUUCUAAGAUGGUUUCACAAUGCGAAGUCAGUAAACAAAAAUAAUAAAAUUCCACUAUCAGAACCUCUAAAUGCAUCUGAACUUGAUAAUGCACUUAUUGUUUUAGUGAAACAGUCACAAAAUUCUUGGUUUAAAAAGGAAAUGAGCAUGUUGUUGCAAAACAAGCCACUUAAGUCAAACUCAAAUAUUGCCUCACUCAAUCCUUUCAUUGAUUCUAAAGGUAUACUACGGGUAGGUGGACGCAUUGGUGACUCCAAUUAUGAUUAUGAUAAACGACACCCAAUACUUUUGCAUGGUAGUUGUCGCUUAACUCAGCUCCUCUUUCAGCAAGAACAUUUCCGUCUCAUGCAUGCCGGGCCACAGCUUCUUCUGACAUCUAUAAGAGAUCGAUUUUGGCCUAUAGGUGGGCGAAAUCUGGCCCGCAGCACUGCGCGUAAAUGUUUUGUAUGUAGUAGAUUUAGAGGCAAGCCUAUGACAAACAUAAUGGGAAACCUACCAGUAGAGCGUGUUAUGCCAGAUUUUCCAUUUGCUACUGUCGGUACUGACUUUGCCGGUCCUUUCCUUAUCACCGACCGAAAAGGAAGGGGAUGUAAAAUUACGAAGUGCUAUCUUUGCAUCUUCAUUUGUUUCAAUUAUAAAUGCAUACACUUGGAGGCGGUUAGUGAACUCUCCAAGGAUGCUUUUAUUUUAGCGCUUAAGCGCUUCAUUGCACGUAGAGGUCUGCCUAAAUUAAUUAGCUGUGAUAAUGGUGGAAAUUUUGUAGCCGCGGCCCGCGAAAUUAAAGAUUUUUUGAACUCGAAAGAGAACACUAAUGCCGUUCUAGAUUUCUCAGCUCAGCAAGGCCUAGAAUUUAAAUUUACACCAGCAUACGCCCCUAAUUUUGGAGGAUACCAUGAGGCUGGGGUCAAGUCAGCCAAAUUUCAUUUGCGUAGGAUAUUAGGGAACGCACAUUUGACCUUUGAAGAGUUGAGCUCACUGUUCGCACAAAUCGAGGCCAUCCUUAACAGCCGUCCCCUCUGCCCUCUCAGUCCUUCCCCUGACGACCUACAGCCCCUCACACCGGGACACUUUUUGAUUGGCAGGCCACUCACUGCACUGCCCGCACCAACGCUGACGGACUGCAACACCAAUCGCUUGGAUCGCUACCAGCGCCUCGAACAAGUUCGGCAGCACUUCUGGCGUCGCUGGUCCAACGAAUACGUCGGAGAACUGCAGCAACGUACCAAGUGGCGGGUCAGGUGCACGGACCUUAAGACUGACGACAUGGUGCUGCUGAAAGACGACAGCGCCCCCCCUCUCUGCUGGCGCCUCGGCAGAGUGGUGAAGUUGUUCCCGGGAACCGACGGAGUCCCGCGCGUCGCUGACGUGUCUACCUCGCGUGGCGUGGUGCGCCGCGCUCUCAAUCGCAUCUGCCUACUGCCUAUGCCGGUGGCGGACGACAACAAAACUUGAAAGGUUGCAAUACCUUUCAAUGGCCCGGAGGAUGUCUGCGCCCGCAAAGAUAGUCUGUUUUAGUUAGUAUAUAAGAUUCAAAUUUGCAAUGUAUAAAGUUACCAUGAUCUAUGAUAGCGGGCCGAUGCCCCCACCACUUCUCUCGAACAUUCACCUUUGGGCUACCGAGCCACGCGCCUGUGUACAAUUAACUAACUAUUGUAAUCUAUAUAUUUGGCAAAUAAGUACGAUUUAAAGAAAUUCGCAUUUUUCAUUUGCAUCCUUUGUUCUCAUCGCGAACAC